CAGAUGAAGAGAGAAAAAAAAUUCAUCGUUGCAUUUUAAUUGUUUUCUUUCAAUUUCUAAUUGUUAACCGUUUUGUUUUUCCCUUGAAAAUUGAAUGAUUUGAAUUUAUUUAAUAUUCUUAAUUACCAAUGACUGAGUUUGAUAAAUUUCCUUACAUUGAAACCGGCACCGGUCGGAGGACUGUCAGGGAAUAUGAUGGUCACUUAGAGGAAGGUAAUUCUGAUCCGACUAUUGUUACUAAUGAGGGUGUGGAAUAUCCUACAAUUGAUAUUGAUAAAAAGCCCAUCAUUAAACCGAUUAAAUCUUCUUUUAGAGCUAAAGACUAUUUUGUUGAAGAGCCUACAGGUGAAUGGAAAAAAUGUUAUCAAUUAUGGGUAGAUGAAGGAACCGUUUCAUCUUUAAAUUAUAUCACAACUUUACCUAAUGUUGAACCCAUUCUACCCAAUGUUGGUAGAAACAUAGCUAAAAGUUUAGCUUUCACAUUUCUUUACUUAUACAGAUUAUUCUUACAAAUUUAUCUUUACUAUUUUCCUUAUGCUAAGCAUUCAGAUGAUGCUUUAUGUGAUGAAUUUUGCCAUUACCUUGGAUCAAAGGAUUUAUUUAUCUCAUUUGCCUGGCAUCCUAAAAAAAUGGUCUCUGCCAUUGGUCUUUCUAAUAAUGAUAUCUACAUUUACUCAUCCUUAAGGAAAACAUCACUUCUCAUUAAACAUCCACACCAAAAGAAAUUAUCUCACCUUGCCUGGAAACCUGAUUCAUCAAAUAUUCUAGCUGUUGCUUGUCAUAAUUGUUUACUCAUUUGGGAUUUGGAUCAAGUUGAAUUGAAAAAAACCCAGUUAACAAAUUGUGUUCAACUUUACAAAAAUGGUUUACCCAAUGCGAUAACAAGCAUUGCCUUUGAUAGUACCGGUCAAAUGCUUGCCAUUUGCUCACCUCAAUCAACUAAACUUUUUAUCCUUAAAAAAGGUCCUGAUGGAGCUGAUGAAAUUCAAGUGAUUCGUAGUUUUCCAACAUGUUUCACCCGAUUACUUUGGUCUCCCGAUUCACUGCGUCUUUUAACCCUGACAACCUCAAAUUAUAUUAAAAUUUUUGAAUCAAUUGCUUGGUCUAAUAAAAAAUGGUCCAUUGACAGUCGAAGUCCAAUCCAAUGUGCUUGCUGGUCUCAACCGGAUGGUACAUUCCUCCUGAUUGCUAAUAAAAAAGAUCCAAUUGUCUAUGCCUUAGCCUUUUACGAUAAAGCGACUGCAAAUGAUGUCGGUGGAUAUGUUAAAGAAUGCCAAGAGGUUCUCAAUGUUUCCGAAACGAUUCUUCCCAAUGGUGUAAAAGUUGGUGGUCGUAUUCAUGAUAUGAUUUGGGAUUCAAAUGGUCAACGUCUAGUCAUCUCAUUCAAAGAUAAUCCAGAAUAUUUAGCCCUUUAUAAAACUUGGAGUAAAUCUCUUCUUGAAUUGACACCAAUCGGUUUUAUCCAUGGUUCUAAAGGUGAAAAGCCAACUCUCAUCGCUUUCCAUGAUUACUACAAGCAUGGGUCACUAUUGACCGUCUGUUGGUCAAGUGGAACCAUUAGCUACAUACCCUUACAAUAUGAUAACUUUAAACCCAAUCAAAGUGUCAUUAAAAACGGGACACCUCGUCGAUUAACAAGUUUCUGUUUAUCUUCACCGUCCAGUGCUAGAAGUAAUCUAAAUUCAUCAAGAGUAUCCCGUCAUUCAAUUGCCUCGCCUCGUGACCAGACUUUAUAUUCACAAUUACAAUCAAGUCCACGAACACCAGCCCGAGUCGCCAAUUAAUAUCAUCUCGUUCUCUCUCUCUCACACUUAUUUUUCAUAAUGAUCUUUAUUCAAAUUUAAAUCAAUCAUUUAACUUGCCCUUCCCUUCAAAGGUGUUAACAUAAUUUGAUCUUUUCUUAUUAUUAUUACUUUGAUGAAUUAACAAUUUAUCAAGUUAUUUAUAAUUACUCAAAUGUAAAUCUAUUUUCAACCAAAAAAAAAACAAUCUGCUCAUCAAUUUGUGUCCGAUAAUAAAUUUAUUGGCUCAAAAUUAA